AGUAGUUAAAGAACAAAAAUGACAUUGAGUGGGUUAAUCCGAACUAUUGCAUUUCGAAAAAUUUUAAGUGUGCCCAUUGACCCUUUAAGUGAAAUUUGUGUUACCAAUCAGACUUGUAAAAUUGUUAGUUCUACUUUACUAGCAAGAAGAUGUUUUCACAAGGAAUCCGAAGAUUCAAACAAAGUGCCAGAAAGAAAUGCUCCUUUAAGGCCAAAAGUUAAAAAAGGUCUUACUAGUCCAGAAAUAAUGCUAAUAACACCAGAAAAUGAAGUUAAUUCUGUGACUAUGGAACACGCUGAAAAAUUGGCCCUUCGUAGAGGCCUUAAAUUGAUUAAAAUUAUUGAUUAUGAUACAAAAACUCAAAAACCUAUUUAUAAACUUAUGAGUACUAUGGAAUUCUUUGAGGCUGAUUUAAAAAAUAAACAAGAGAAGAAAAAAAAUAAAGAUGAAUCCAAGGAAGCUAAAUUAUUUUUAAUGUCUUCUAAAAUCUAUGAGCAUGAUUUACACGUCAAGUUAAAACAAAUGAAAAAAUUGCUUAAAAAGAAGCAUGAUGUUAAUGUUUACAUAUCUCAUGAUGGCAACCCCACAAAGGCGGAAGAAACAGUAGAAAUCAUUGGAAAAGAAUUAGAUGAAAUAUCAGUUAUAAAAAAUCGUGUUAAGAAACAGAAUACCAUAAAAUUGUUUCUUAUCCCAAAAAAUGUCAGUACAGAUGUUGAAAAAAUUGAAAAAGGAGAUAAUUUAGAAACUGAUAAUGCUACAACUGUUAAGGUUUAAAUAAAGCUUUUAUGUAUUA